AUGGAGGCAACAAACUUGACUGUCAAUGAUUUUGUUCUCCUCGGCUUCUAUGAGCUUCCAAGCUUCCAGUUGGGUUUAUUUCUCAUAUUUUUGGUCGUCUAUGUAGCGACUUUGCUUGGAAAUUCAAUAACAAGUGGUCUAUUUUGCUUUGAUCCUCAUUUUCACAGUCCCAUGUAUAUUCUCCUAUGUAACAUGGCUAUGGUGGAUAUUUCCUUCACCUCUGUGGUUCUUCCCAAGUUGUUGGAUGUCUUUUUAACAGGGAACAAUGUCAUCUCCUACACCGGUUGUAUUGCUCAGGCCUUCUUAUUUGCUCUGAUCAUUGUCUCAGAAUAUUUCAUCCUUGCUGCUAUGGCCUAUGAUCGCUAUGUAGCCAUAUGUCACCCUUUACGUUAUUCUUAUUUUAUGAGUCUUACAGUCUGUUUCUGGAUGUCACUGACAUCUUGGGGUAUAGGACUCCUUGAGGGAAUUCUUUGUGCCAUUCUCAUGUCAUCUUGUAUAUUUUGUGGGUCACAUGAAAUAGACCAUCUGUUCUGUGAUCUGAAGCCUCUUAUGAAGCUUUCUUGUAGUGACACACGUACUAUAGAAAUAGUAAUACUUGUACUUGGUUGCUUCACUGGUUUCAUCCCAUCACUUUCCACCUUGGUGUCCUACAUGUAUAUUAUCUCCACAAUCUUGAAGAUUCACUCCAAGGAAGGAAGACACAAAACCUUCUCCACCUGCUCCUCACAUCUCACAGUCAUCCUCUUGUUUUAUGGAACAAUGUUUGGCAUGUAUAUGAGACCCAAGUCCAGCUAUUCCAUAAAACAGGACAAGAUGUUUGCCAUAUUGUAUGCCGGAGUCAUUCCAAUGCUCAACCCUCUCAUUUACAGCUUAAAAAAUCAGGAGGUCAAAAAAGCUCUGUGCAAAAUAGGGAAAAGAGCGUUUCUAACCAAAGACUAUGCCAAAUGGGAUAUAAAUAAAAGAUAA